AUGGAGCCCGACGAGCCGCGGCGCCCCUCCGCCUCCGGCGCCGCGACGAGGAAGAGCGCGCCGGGGCAGCCCUGGUCGGACGCGGAGACGAUGCACCUCAUCGACGUCUACGAGGACCGCUGGACCAAGCUGCGCCGCGGCCAGCUCAAGGCGCAGCAGUGGGAGGACGUGGCGGCCGAGGUCACGGCGCGCUGCGGCGGGGGCCAGCGCAAGACGGGCACCCAGUGCCGCCACAAGCUCGAGAAGCUGCGCAAGCGCUACCGCACCGAGGGCGCGCGCCCCGUCACCUCGCUCUGGCCAUUCUUCCGCCGCAUGGAGCGCCUCGAGCGCGGGCCCGUCGCGCUCUCCACCUUCGCCGCGUCCCCGCCCGCCGCCGCCUCCGACGAUGACGACGACCACCAGGAAGACGACGAGGACGACGACAACGAGGCGGAGAACGAUGACGACGAGGAGGAGGAGCAGGUGCUCGUCCCAAGGAACAGCAGCAACACCCGCAGCAUCAACGGCAUCCUCCGCGACGGCGGCGCCGGGUUCAGGGGCUUCGCGCCGCGCCAGUCCCCGCAGCGCCAGCACCACCGCCCGCCCUCGCCGCCCGCCGUCACGCUCUCCACCGCGCCGCCGCGGAAGAGGGUCGCCUACGAGGCGGCCUUCCACUCCAAGCCCGCCGAGGACAAGGUCGAGGAGGCUCCGUUUGGCGGCCGCCCCGGCUCGCAGAUCUCGGCGGUGCUCAAGGAUUUCGGGGAGGGCGUCAUGCGGCUCGAGCGGCGCAGGAUGGAGGUGCAGUGGGAGAUCGAGCGCGGGUGGAAGGAAACCGAGAACCGCAGCAACAGGAUGCUCCAGGACGCUCAGCGGCAGCUACAGGACGUCCUCGCCGGCGCCUCCGCGGCACCUGCGCCUGCGCCCGGGAAGAAGCCCCGGAGGGACCAUGGCGGCGGCGCAGACGGCUUGUAGGAUGCUAGCGAUCGAUUGGCCGGCACAGGUUUGGUGCUGCUGCUUAUUUUGGCGGUCUGGUGGCGAAGGGGAUGGAAUAGGUUCUUCCUCUGCUCAGGAUGUGUUUAGAAGUACUCCUAUGUGACUUGUUUGCAGUAGCUAUUUGACAGUCUCUCUUAUGCUAUGCCUCUCUGACACUGUCAUGUGUAUGCGUUUAGUAGAUUGUCAAGACUAAUGUAGUGGCUAGUUUAGCAACA